AGUAGCGUCGUUUUUUUGGGUAAACGCUGUGGUUUCCGACCCGUUUGGUUACCGGAACCGGCCAAAACAUAAAUUACCGCGUUUGGAUCUCAAUUUACGGAAGCAAAAUGAGGCAGAGACCAAAUGCAUCUGAAGCUGCUCGUGCAAAGCUUGAUGUCUCUCAUGAAGAAGAAGAGAAAGGGAAUAAAUCCAUGGAAUCCCGGUUUUUCUCUUCGGAGAAGAAUGUUUUCGGGCUUUGUUUGGUAUUUCGAAUUGUCAAUUCUUUGCUUGUUCAAACCUACUUCAACCCAGAUGAGCACUGGCAGGCCCUCGAAGUUGCGCAUCGAUUGGUGUUUGGGUACGGUCAUUUGACGUGGGAGUGGAAGAAAGGGAUUCGUAGCUAUUUGCAUCCGAUGAUUUUUGCUUUGCUUUAUAAAUUUCUUGUAUUAUUGGGUCUUGAUACUCCAUGGUUUAUGAUGAGGGCUCCUCGGAUGCUCCAGUCCGUAUUCUCUGCAGUUUGUGACUUCUACUUGUACAAACUUUCUUAUGUCAUCUUUGGCGGCCAUGUAGCAAAAUGGACACUGUUAUCGCAAUUGGGGAACUGGUUCAUGUUUUUCUGUCUUAAUCGCACGCUAUCAAAUAGUUUGGAGACUGUCCUUACAGUGGUGGCCCUGUACUACUGGCCCUGUUUUACGGGUUCUUCUCAUAAAGUUUCUUCAAAUUCAAGGAAGUGGGCUUUGGCUUUAGCAGCAUUUGCUUGUGCCAUUCGACCAACAAGUGCUAUUAUAUGGAUCUAUGUUGGCCUUCUCGAACUAUUUGUGGCACAUGAUAGGCUGAGAUUUGUCAUCUUAGAGGUGGUCCCCAUUGGGGCUUUGGUGCUUGGAGCGGUGUGCUUAUUAGAUCGUUUGAUGUACGGCUCAUGGAUCUUAGUGCCUCUUAAUUUUUUGAAGUUCAAUUUUCUUUCCGCUGGAGGAGAUUAUUAUGGAACUCAUAAGUGGCACUGGUACUUCACUCAAGGAUUUCCAGCUAUGGUCUUCACAUUCUUGCCAUUUUUCAUUGCCGGCGUCGUCAAAUCUAAACAAUGGAAGCUGUUUGGCCUUGUUGCAUGGGUUUUAAUAACAUAUAGUCUGCUGGGUCAUAAAGAAUUCAGGUUCGUCCUGCCUGUCCUGCCUCUAGUUUUGAUGUUUUCUGGGUAUUCGUUAGCUGUGAUGGAAAGAUCCAGUGCUCCAGAUGGUAAGAGGAGAAGAUUUUUGAAGAUUCCAGCAAAAUGGCCUCCAAAAAUGCAAUUUGCCAUUUUCUUCUUACUGGCCACCAAUAUUCCAAUGGCAUUAUACAUGAGUUUGGUUCAUCAGAGAGGAACUGAAGACGUGAUGAACUACCUAUCCAAAGAAGCUCGUAAUGAGAGAGUGAAGAGUGUACUUUUCUUGAUGCCCUGCCAUGCCACACCUUACUAUUCCUCUCUGCAUUGCAACUUACCAAUGCGUUUUCUGGACUGCUCACCGAGUGAAGAAAGAGGAAUCCAGGAUGAGUCGGACCAGUUCAUGAACAACCCUAUUGGUUUUGCAUCUGAAUAUGCUAGAAAUUGGUCUCUACCUAGCCAUGUUGUAUUAUUUGACUCAGAAGAAAGGCUGCUUAGAGGUUUUCUAACAUCACAUUCUUUCAAGGAGAUAAGAAGAUUUUUCCAUGCUCACAUUAAGGUGGACCGUGACCUUCAAGGAUCAGUUGUUGUUUAUUCUUCAACUGGCUAGUUCCACUUCUUCUAUGUUCGAUCGCUCUUAGUAACGUCGCUGUCCUGUCUUAUGCUUAGUCAGUCACUUCCUCCUUUUCCCCUUUUGUUCUUUCACCUUUUAUAGUUGAAGAUGUUUGUAUUUUGGAUAAAAUUUAGAUUUUGACUUAUUUCAUGUCUGCAGCAGUGGUAACAUGACUUUAUCAUUGUCAUCAACCAAGUCUUUAUCCCAAAAGUUUACGAUCGGUUAUAUGAGUCAUCAAAAUAUCACCGGGAAUUCAUCGCAUGACUUGUAAAGUAGAAUAUUGUAGCCGGCCCAUCUGUAGAUUACCAAUAUUUGUAAUACUUUGAUCAAUAUCUUCUUUUAAUCCCCAUAAUUUUAUGAUACUAGUAUACUACUGCUUCUGCGU